AUGGAUAGCGGAUCGGACCUGGGCGACGAGGACGCGGGCUUGCAUCGUCUCCAGGAGCUUAUGGGCCAACUGGGUGCCGGCGACGACGAAGAGGGCCACCGGGCUGAAUUUUUGCGGGCAUUGGGGGCGCUUGGCGGCCCCCACCUUGUUGAGGUGAUGCUGCGACUCGGGCAGAGCCUGAUGGCCUCCGGCGGCGGCGAUAGUGAAAUCAACAGUCUUGUACAAAACUUAGUCCGCAAAGAGGACCCUUACGUGGUAUUGGAACUGCUUAAUGUAUUGCUGGAACGGUUACUCAUGAUGAACGGGAUCACCGCCGAACGCGUCAUCCCCGCCUCACAAUUGGCUCAGGCGUUGGUGGAGAUUUUCGAGGACCCUAAUCUUCAAGAUGAUCUCGAGCUUCAGCUUAUCGCGUGUCGCUGUUUAUACAACUUUUUGGAAGUCAAUCAAGACUUCAUUCAUGAUGCGCUUGCCAACCACGCCGUGCGAGCAUUAUGCGCCAAGUUGGCCACGGUUGAGUACAUCGACUUGACCGAGCAAGCGUUGCAAACGUUGGAAAUGAUGCUGCGGGAUAACCUUAGUCAUUUCUCCAUCUUAUCAUUCGGGGGGCUUCAAUGUCUCAGCUACCUCGACUUUUUGACCAUCCACGCCCAGCGCAAGUGCAUUGCUAUUGUAGCCAAUGCUUGUACAAAUGUUAGCACCACCCAAUUCGACAAAAUCAAAGAGGCCAUUGACAACAUUGCCACCUGUGUCACCCACCCUGACCCUCAAGUGGUGCUGAGCGCGUGGCAGGCCAUCUCUCGCAUUGUGGUGCUGUAUCGCAACCACCCUCGCAUGCUUCAAGAACUCAUGGCUCCGCUUUUACCCCAGAUGAUCGAGGUUAUGGCUACAAACGCCCUCGUGCUCAAACUGGUGAUUAUCUGCGCAAACCUGGUGGAGCUCAGCCGGGAAUUGCUCCAAAACAACGUGGGGCAAGGCAUCAGUGCCACCGCAAGCUUCCUCGAUCUCAUAGCAAAAUUGUUACCAGUCCAGCGUCAUCUGGUCUUGGCAAGCAAGCCGCUUAAAGUAGAUCCUGAUCGUGAGGAUUUGUGUCGGGAGAUUGGCCCUGCUUACCACCGGUUUGUAGAGCAGGUGUGGCCUCAUUUACUUGAAACUUUUGGUCUGACGGAUGCCGACAUCCGCAAGUGUGGCCUUGUGUGCAUCUUGCGUAUUCUUGGUUUUGGUGGCUGGCGCAUUCCCGACGUUCUGGGCCUUGUAAAACUUGUCAGUUCAGUCAAGGGCGAAAACUUACUUCGACUUGGUGCUCUUGAAAUCGCCCGUCAGUUGAUGGAAACUUACCCUGAACUGGUCGAUAUGUUUGAUCGUCAAGGCUUUUUCAGUGACUUACCAUCAGUAUCUGCCAAUGACAUCGCUGCCUCUGAUACCCUUGCCAACAUGGCGGUGGAUGAGGAUGAGAACGACGACGACGGCGAUGACGAAAAUAUCAAUGCUGAAGACGACGACAACGACGAUGACGACGACGACAACGACGACGAUGACGACGAAGAUAAUGAUGAAAGUAUGGGAGAAGGUGAAAGUAGCGAUGAUGAAGGCAAUGAAGAACCGCGAACCUCUCGGUUUGGUUUCCCUCGCUGGUCUCCCAUAUCGCUCCGACGCCCCACGAGUGUGCAGAACCACUUAGAGCAAGACCCUGAGCUCAGCCUUGUUCCCCUCCCUCAAGACCAGCUUAUGCUCAGGUUACGCAAGGUGACUGGUGAACUCAAGCGAUUUGUUCCCGAGAGAAAUUUGGACAAGUUCAAUGCGAUUCGUGUUGGUCUUGCUCGCGGCGAGUGGCAAGAUUUGUCCACGGUGCUGAGUUAUGAACUUAUAGGGCUUGUUGACUUGAUUUUGCCGCUUGAGGUUCCUGAAGAGGUGGACUUGGCUCCGCUUGUCACUAAACUUCAUGAACUGUUGGAUCGAGUCGAACCAUUCGAAAUUAUAUCGGCUCUGCAUGAUUUGGCUAAACAGAUCAAGAUCAAGUUGGUUCUGAAAGAAGCACAAAUGAUCUUGAGUGUCCAUGCGAUUGCCACAUUCAACACUGUCGAACUGUACUUAAUGCGUCUUGGUUUCAAGGGCGUGGAGUUCACCAUCAAUGAUGAGACUGUACCGAAGGACAUGACGAUCUUCGGUGCUAUCUAUCGACUGCUCCAAACAAAGGAGGACGAAAUCAUUGAGCCGCUGAGAGUGUGGACUUUACACGAGGUCAAGUUUGCGACUGAAUCUACUGAAAAGGCGGUAGCUUCGACGGUAGUAGAGACUGAGUUAGCUCCUCCUGAAAACCAAGACGAACGGGUGUCUACCGUAAACCCAGAAGGUGUUAGCGGUACUCAACCCUCCCCACCGUCUUCUCCCAAUGCGUCACCAUCGCGUGCGCUUGGUGCUGAGUUCAGCGAAAUCAGCGUGGGCGAACCCACUUUGGGGGUAUUGCGGUUAUUGCAAAAGCUCUACGACCUUAAACGCUUACCCAGCGAGUCGUUCGUUUCGCUGAAGCUUACUAAGAAGAUGAACCGUCAAUUAGAGGAACCCUUGGUGGUGGCUCUGACCCUUCCUGGGUGGAUCGUAUACCUCACCAAGUAUUUCCCGUUCCUCUUCCCCAUGGGCACCCGGCUCUUCUUCCUCCAGCUGACUCUGUUUGGAUAUCUGCGUCUCAUCCAUCAUUGGCAGUUACGUACCCAAGAUGACGGUGACAGCGGGGCCCAAAAACUUGGCCGGCCUACUCGCCAGAAAGUACGUAUUCUGCGUAAAACCAUGUUUGGUCUGGCGAUUAAGGUCUUGGAACAUUACGGCCUGCUGCCAGGUAUCUUGGAAAUUGAGUACUUUGACGAAGAAGGUCUGGGGCUUGGGCCUACGCUUGAGUUUUACAGUUCUGUCCUGCACGAGUUCUCUAAGGUACUGACCAUGUGGCGUGCAAACUCCCAACUAUUGUUCCCACUGCCCGAAGCAACCGAGAAGAAUUUGUUCUUGUUUUAUACCCUUGGGAAGUUUGUCGGUCGGGCAUUGUUGGAUCUGCGCCUUGUGGACAUGAACUUCAAUCCCGGUUUCCUUCAGAUGUUGUGGGGCUCGACUACAUUGUCGGUUGUUGACCCUGAGUUAGCCCAGCUGUUGCAUCGUCUAUUGGAUGCUCUGGCUAAGGAGUUGGCGGAAAUGGAUCUUCAAUUCACUUUGCCGGGUUAUGAUUCUAUUGAGCUCGUAAAGGGAGGAGCGAGAACUUUGGUCACAACCAAGAACGUUCAUAAAUACGUCGAAUUGGUCACCGAAAAGACUUUGGACGUUCGUCAACAGGUCAAUCGCUUCAAGGAGGGAUUUUCUCUCGUGUUCCCCAUUGAUCUGAUGGCAAUCUUCACGCCCCCCGAGCUUUGCGAAUUACUUGGCCAAGCGGACGAAGAUUGGAGCAGCGCUACUCUCAUCGAAGCGAUUCAUGCCAACCACGGGUAUACUCGCGAUCUGCGGGCAAUCACACGCUUGGUGCAGGUGUUGGCUGAACUCAGUCUUAAGGAGAGACGUGCAUUUUUACAGUUCAUGACGGGUCUGCCAAAAUUGCCAAUUGGUGGAUUCAAAGCGUUGCGUCCUGAGUUGACGGUGGUGCGUAAGCUCCCCGAACUGGGCACCGCUGACGACUAUUUGCCUUCGGUCAUGACGUGCGCUAACUAUCUCAAGCUUCCGGACUACUCUCUGGUUGAAGUGAUGCGCAGCAAGCUCUUGCAAGCGAUUAAUGAUGGGGCGGGAGUGUUUUUGUUGUCUUAA